UGCCGCGGAGCCAGGGCAGCAAUGGCGGCGGGCGGCGGAGGUGUUGCCGACCCCCUGUCCCCGGCAGGGGUUCCCUGCGCCUUCUCCCCCCUGAACCAGGCCUACUUCGCUUUGGCGUCUGCCGACGGUCAGUUGCGAGUGUGGGAGACAGCCAACAAUAGGCUGCACCAAGAGUACGUGCCUUCCGCGCACCUCAGCGGAACCUGCACCUGCCUGGCCUGGGCGCCAGCGCGGCUGCAGGCCAAGGAAAGUCCCCAGAGGAAAAAAAGGAAAUCAGAAGCUAUAGGAACGAGUAACCAGAUUGAUUUGUUGGCCCUUGGCACAGCAGUUGGUAGUAUUUUAUUAUACAGUACAGUAAAAGGAGAAUUACACAGUAAAUUGAUAAGUGGUGGACAUGAAAACAAGGUCAAUUGCAUACAGUGGCAUCAAGACAAUGGCUGUUUGUAUAGUUGUUCAGAUGAUAAACAUAUUGUGGAAUGGAAUACACAGACAUGCAAAGUAAAGUGCAAAUGGAAAGGUGACAAUAGUAGCGUCAGCUCCCUGUGUAUUAGCCCAGAUGGAAAGAUGUUGCUUUCAGCUGGUCGAACAAUCAAACUAUGGGUUUUGGAGACCAAAGAAAUCUACAGACAUUUCACAGGACACGCAACGCCUGUUUCCUCACUCCUCUUCACUACUGUCAGACCUCCUAGUGAGAGCCAGCCCUUUGAUGGGGUCACCGGCCUUUAUUUCCUGUCGGGAGCAGUGCAUGACCGGCUACUUAACGUCUGGCAGGUCCGGUCAGAAAACAAAGAAAAGAAUGCAGUGAUGUCUUUCACAGUUACAGAUGAACCUGUCUAUAUUGACUUGACGUUGUCAGAAAAUAAAGAAGAGCCUGUCAAGUUAGCUGUUGUUUGCAAAGAUGCUCAAGUUCAUCUUUUUGAACACAUAUUAAAUGGAUACUGCAAAAAGCCUUUGACUUCAAAUUGCACAAUUCAGAUAGUGACACCUGGGAAAGGCAAGAAAUCAACACCAAAACCCAUUCCUAUUCUAGCAGCUGGGUUUUGCUCAGACAAAAUGUCAUUGUUGCUUGUAUAUGGCAGUUGGUUUCAGCCCACCAUUGAGCGAGUGGCUUUAAGUUCCAAAGAACCUCACAUGUGUUUAGUAAGAGACAUUUCAAACUGCUGGGCCCCCAAAGUAGAGACGGCUAUAACAAAGGUGAGAACACCAGUGAUGAAUUGUGAAGCAAAAGUUCUGGUACCUGGGGUGCCUGGUCAUCAUGCGGCGAUCAAGCCUGCUCCUCCACAAACCGAGGAAGGAGAGAGCAAGAGGAAAUUAGGGGAGAAUGAGAUUAGCAUUGAAGAGCGCCUGGGAGCACUGGAUAUAGAUACAAAGAAAGAAAAGGAUGACCUUCCACAGACAAAUAGCUUUCCAGUUCUUCUCACACAGGGUUUAGAAAGUAAUGAUUUCGAAAUGCUAAACAAAGUACUUCAAACUAGGAAUUUAAACCUAAUUAAGAGGACUGUGCUAAGGAUGCCCCUGCAUGCUGUUAUUCCACUGUUGCAAGAGCUUACAAAAAGAUUGCAGGGACAUCCCAAUAGUGCUCUUUUAAUGGUUCAGUGGCUAAAAUGUGUGUUAACGGUCCACGCAUCGUACCUAUCCACAUUGCCUGAUCUGGUACCCCAGCUGGGGACGUUAUACCAGUUAAUGGAAAGCAGAGUAAAAACUUUCCAGAAACUCUCCCACCUUCAUGGAAAGCUUAUUCUUCUGAUCACCCAAGUCACAGCUUCAGAGAAAUCAAAGGGAAUGACUUGUCCUGAGCAAAAGGCAAAAUUGGUAUAUGAGGAAGAGUCUUCUGAAGAGGAGUCAGAUGAUGAAAUAGAGAAGGACUCUGAUGAUAACUGGGAUGAAGAUGAUGAAGAUAAAGAAAGUGAAAAAGAUGAGGAUGUUGAUGAAGAGAAUGAAGAGGAAGAGGAAGAUACUGAAGAAAAAGACGAGGAAAAUGGUGAGGACAGAGAUGUGGCAAGUGAGAAGGAAUUAAAUGGAGAUUCUGAUUUAGAUCCUGAAAAUGAAAGUGAAGAAGAAUGAAGAUGGACAAACAGCCAGUGGAACACUGUAGCCUCUGGCUCCCCUUGCCCAGGGCUGCCGAGUUCUCCUGGGAGGGCUGGCUCUGGGACAGACGCCAGGGGCCGCUGCACGUCUCCAAAUUCCUCCUGGUGGUUCCCACGCCGUCUUGCUGUCCUGAGCACCCCAGACUUAACUGUGUAAAUAAGAGUGUUUCAUUCAAAUGUUAAUAAACUUUACACAGUAAAUAGACA